UGGGUUUUUGUUUUGUUUAAGCACUUUAAUAACUUUUCAAAGUAGGUCUGAGUACCAAAUUAUAUAUAGUACCUAGAUCUAGAUCUAGAGGCCUGUCGUGAAUUAUUACUAAUGUUCUAUAAUUGUACAGAAUAACUAUACAUAAGCUAUCUAUUUGUAACAAGAAAAAAAAACUACUCAGAUUCUUUCUCUCAUUAUCGUAUCAUUAUUACUCCAAUCAGUUACCCACCCAAGAAUGAAUAAAUCUGUGCUGCUGUUUAUAAACUGAUUUGAGUUUCAUUUUUCACAUAUGUCUGGGCAAGUCUUUGCUGUGGCAAAAGGCUUAAAGGCUGUGAAGGAAUGAAAUGGAAGAAGUACUGGCUAAACCUUUACCCAAACAGCCGGAAUGGUGUGGCUCGAUUGGAGCUAACAGAAACAGGUCCAGAACGGUCGCCAGUUAUUGUCCGGAAGCAACCCGAUCGCAAGAUUAUAAGAUUAGCUGACUGUAUCAGCGUUGUUCGACUCCCUCCACAUGCAGAGGCCCUGCCUGGGGACAACAUGGCUGCUCUUUGUGUAGCCACAGAUGAAAGGAGACUGGUGUUUGCUGUAGAGAAAGAGGGCUGUGGAGAGUGGGUGGAUAAAAUAUGUGAAAUUGCCUUUCAGAAAAAAGUAAGUAAUAAUGUUCCACGUCCAGUACCACAGAUGGAAGAGAAUCUCAUCUAUGCUUCCAGAGAGGAAGUGUUUGAGUUUCUGGUGACUGUAGAGCAGUCCGAGGCAUCAGUGCGCUGCAGUUUGCAGGGAGUGUAUUGCUUGCAGGUUGGGGAAGAAAUGCUUAUGCUCAAGGAUACUGACAGCAAGAAGAAAGUGAUGGAAUGGCCCUAUAAGCUACUGCGCCGUUAUGGAAGAGACAAUAUAACCUUCUCAUUCGAGGCAGGCAGACGCUGUGAUUCUGGUCCUGGCUCCUUUAUAUUUGAGACAAAGCAAGGUGAUGAGAUUCUCCGACACAUGGAACUGGCCAUUCAGCAACAGAAGAGUCUAUCUGUCACUGGAACUGUCCUCACACCUAGCUCCCCAUUUUCCAAACGACCAAUCAGUGGCAACUUGCUAGACAUUCAGAGCAACAACUAUUCUGACUCUAGCUACUCAAGUCCUGUGUUUCCAGGUUCAGUUAAAUUAGAAGGCAUCACACUUGUUACUGAUUCUUCCCAAAAAACACUGAGGCAACCUGCUGAAUCCAUUCCCUUGCCUGAAAUUGUGUACUCAAAUCCUGUUGUUGCUGUUGGGUUAGAUGAGUGUACAUCCAUACAGUCAGUCAGACCACAAGUACCCAAGAGAAGCACAAGUCCGGGUCAUGGCUAUAAUGCAGACAAAGAACCUGUGUAUUCUGAUCCUGUUGAUGCUAUUCAACCUUCAUUUAAUCCCCCAAAAUAUGAAUCUGCUAAUCCUGCUAAAUCAACAGAAACAUUUAAUACUGUAAGUCAGUUAGAACCAGUGUAUGCUGAGGUAAAUUUCAUACCAUACCCAGCACAAAAACGGGGAAGCAAGGUUCAGAAUAAGGAAGAACCUAUCUACAGUUUACCUCAGGUUUGUGCAGUUCACAAAACAAAUGAGGAUGUUCAAACCAGUGCUGAAAAAGACAGUAAGCUGAGUGCAAAAAGCAACGUGCCAGAGGAAGUCAUCUACAGUCAAGUCAUUAAACCAAAGAAAUCAGCAAAGUCUCAAGACAAGUGCAAAACACAAGAGAUUAUGACUGAGGAUCUUGGACUAAUUUAAAGGAGCAAUGGCAGCUCUAAAUGUAAUAACCAUUUAUAAAGACUAGGCCAUAAUCAUAUAGGAAAAGGUGUUUGUAUUGCAGCUGAAACUACUAUAACUGGUAUUAUAGACAAUAAAUCAGCAAAAUCUGGUCA